AUGGUACCUAAUCCUUCAUUGAUGGUUGGGUCAGGUACACGGGACUUGCGUGGUCGAAAAGUUUAUGCAUCUGCACGUGCUGGAGAUACUGAGGAUGUAUCACAAAUGGAUCCAUUUGCGCAGUCCCAUAUUAUGCUCAGGAGGGCCCAUGUUGACAGGGUGGAUUUGGCCAAUAGUAGUCAGAGACUUGACAAGGUAUUUGAUCAGACUUGUCUGGACCAGGAGAAUGUCAUUGGCAAAGAUAAUGUUCCGUUUGAAGAUUUCGACUCGAAAGGGUACGAUGAUUUCGAAGAUGACACACUUUCAUCUCCACCUCCUGUUAGACCUCCCUCUGUAGUUAAAUCUCCGCCUUCAUUUAGACCUCCACCUUCAGUUAGACCAUGCAUUGUUGUCCGUUUGCCCCGCAGUGCAUUUGUAUCAUCAUCAUCAUCAGUGAGCAGUGCCGGCACUUGGUUUGUGACGACGCCAGUUAAGAGUGGCCCUCAGGACAGUUCUGUAAUUCUCAGUUUUCUUGGGCAUGUGGCCCAUCUCUUAACGGAGGACUCGCAUAAAAACCCCUUCAAAAUGGAUACGAGAAUCACAUACUUCAAGUCAUUGAAAGAUUGGAAGGGUGCCAUGGAGACAGAGGGGAAGAACUUGUUGGAGCGUACAGAGUUGUCCCAUAUUGUGGACAUCAUGUACAACAACAUUGAUCAGGCACUCAUUACAGCAUUCGUGAAGAGUCUAACCGCUACUGGAGCAUAUCAGAGUGGAGGGGUUCAGGGGAAGGUUGUCGUGGAGCAUUGCCAUACUGGUCGGUCUGCUCGAAAUCAGGUGAUCGCCUGGUUAUGGCUCAUGUUAGGGAACAUAUUGUUUACCGAUAGGAGCAGGACUCGAAUUGGAGUGGCGAUCCUCUCCGAGAUUAUUGAAGGCCUAGCCACAUGUCACGAAAUUUCAUGGGGCUCUGCUACUCUAGCCUAUCUCUAUCGUCAGCUAGGCGUGUCCACCAGAUCACAAAAUGCCUCAAUGUCUGGGUGCUACACCCUACUUCAGGCGUGGAUAUAUGAAUACUUUCCAAGUUUUAGACCAAGUGCAGGUCGUGCCUCAAGGGAUCCUGCAGUGCCCCGAGCUGGAUGGGGGUUCGUAGUAGUAAUACCAGGGUGUACAAGGUUACAUUGUCACGCUGAUGGAGACCAUCGAGCUAACACUAAUGGAGAGGGACAUGUUGCAGCCAAUAAUGGAGAGGACGAGCAAGUUGAGGUCGUGAAUGCUAAUGGAGGAUCUAAAGAUGCUGCUCUGAAGAAUACUUCUUACAUCCACGAUCCACUCUCAGACAUUGUUGGACCAAUGACUCGUGCUAGACGCAAGAGGAUGGAUGAAUCACUUAAUAGUCUAAUUACUACUACAUGGGCUAAGGAAGAAAUUAAGCUUGACGAUUACAAGCCCAAGACUAUUAAUUUGUUGCAAGUGACACCAAAUUGA